CCCCUCCCACCCACACCCACCCACUCACACCCACACCCACCCACUCACACCCACACCCACCCUUACAGUAUUUUUCUAUCUUUUGUUCUGUAUCCAUUAUUGAUGGAUACAUCUAUAUCACAACUUUUGGAAAUUUUAGUUAAAUGUAGUGAAAAUAGCUAUAUGCUUACAAUUCACGAAUUACCCAGUGAUUUUAAAUCCUGCACGGAUUUCUAAUUAUCUCAGUCUGUUCAUAUUUUUACUAAUUUUCAAGUCUUUACAAAUUAUUUUGAAUUUUUCAACACAAAAGUCAAGCUUAAGACCAAGUGAAAUUGGGGAGCAAGUGUAAUUGGAGAGCAAUUGUUCGGAGAGCAAAUGUCUCUGGGGAGCAAAUGUCCGGGGAGCAAGUGUCGCUGGGGAGCAAGUGUCGCUGGGGAGCAAGUGUCCAGGGAGCAACUGUCGCGGGAGCAACUGUCUGGGGAGUAUCAUUCAUGGAUUCAAGCUCGAAGAUGUGCAGAAAAUCUAAAUGUAAAUAAUGAGAGAACGUCGCAGUGCCCACUAGUUUGACUUAAGGUAUAGAUAAACAUGAUCUGUAGCGCCAUAUUUGCUCUGGUAUCGACCUUCUCCUUUAGCUAUAUAUCAAAAACUCGAAUCCAGUCAUAUUCUUCUCUGGUCCAGUGACUAUAUUAGUCGUCAUUACAGCUCAUCAUAGACUUUCGAAGAUGAUUCUGGCUUUUCCUUGAGAAGUAUUCCAAGUUAAACGAGCACGGUUAUGGACGCUCGUCUAGAGAGAAAUACAAUGGUUUACAUGGUUCAGGAUUACGGUUCUGAUAUGCCGGUUGCAGCUGAAAACUUGCGGCAUCACUGCCGCACCGUAUUUACUUUUAAGAGACAGUUGCCGUAGCGCUGUCGUGAUAAUUUUUUAAAAAUCUGCCAGUGACAUCCUCAUGGACAUCUCUUACAGAUGUAUAUGGCCAUGUUUUACACGUUAUACACGAGAAGAGAAACGGCUGUUUGUAAUUCCCGUACAUAGAGUUUAUAUACGAUCUCCAUUUUGUUCCAUAUGACUUCGUGCGUGAUCACAUUUGUUCCAAUAUACUCACAUCGAUAUAUAAUCGAAAUACUGAACCAUUUUAACCACUAGAAGAAGACCAUUUAAAGAAAUAUGGAAAGUGUAUACUAGAGCCAAUCAGGUUCAUGGAAUUUGGAACCAAAGCUACUUUGGUCCGCAUUUUUUGUUUAUUCGAGUCUAACUAAUUUGUUUUUAAUGCGUUAAGUCCAUCGGAUUCGAAAAGGAUGGGGGGGACAGUUUAUCUACUUAUCGGCUCUAAAUGAAAAUCGUUUCAGAAAACAGUUCAAUCUGAUGACUUGCGCUUUUCCCUACAUCUCUGAACCGCUCUCGCUUUCCGGGAGCAAUUUUCGUGAAGAUUAUCUAUUACGUUCUAUACUAUAGCCUAGUAGUCCUUUUUAGAACAGAUUUGAACCCUAGUACUUCGUUGUAGUGUUUAUAAUCACGACAAUCUUUUACAUGAAAAAGUGACACAUCCUUUGACUGGACAAAGCUUUUCAAGAGCUACAAAAUGAUACCAAAAUGUGUAAGAAAAUAUACUGUGUUCCAUGUUUUCUGAAGACAACACUAUUAGAGCAGUCAUCCUAUUCGCCAAUGUUGCACAUUGCAGGAAUCGAUUCCGCCCCCGAAAUCAGUUCCAUCAGAUUUCUGAACUCCCAAUCGUCGAAGUAACUCGCCUUAUUGGAAACGAUCCAGUUCCCUUAAUCUCCGGAAUUACCAGAAUUGCAUCCGAUUCCGGAAUUCCAUGUAAUUCCGGAGCUGCAUCAAAUUUCGAAAUUCUGUCUCAUCCGCACCCUCAGCAUGCCUUGUGUAUUUACAGAGAAGAGAAUAUAUCCUAUUCCGCAACGUUGCACAUUGCCGAAUCGAUUCCACCUCCGGAAUCAGUUUCAUCCGAUUCCGGAAUUCCAUCUCACCCUCACCCACAGCAUGCCCUGUGUAGUCAUAGACAAUUAUCUAAAAUAGGUGAGUGAUUUCGAAACGAAAUUUCAGGAAUUAGAUGGAAUCGUAUUUAGGCGGAAUCGCACGGAAUUCCUAGCUAUUUCCAGUAACCUUCAGCAAUUCCGAUAUUGAAGGCGGUUCCGGAAUUGCAUCCGAUUCCGGGAUUCCAUCUUAUUCUCACCCUCAGCAUGCCUUCUGCAGUUAAGGAUAAAUAUCUGGGAUAAUCGAGCGAUUCCGGAACAGAAUUCCGGGAAUUAGAUCGAAGUGGAAUCAGACGGAGUUGGACGAAAUUCCAAGUAAUCUCCAGCAAUUCUAUCUGAUUCCGGAAUUACAUCCAAAUCCGGAAUGACAAGGAAUUCAUCGGAAUUGCUACGAAUUAGUGAUGAUUCCGUCCGAUUCCGUCUAAUUUCGCUUCUAUCUAAUUCCCGGAAUUCCGUUCCGAAAUCGUUCGCUUCUCUUAGAUAUUCGUCUAUGAGUACACAAGGCAUGCUGUGGAUGAGAGUCAGUCGGAAUUCCGGAAUCGGAUAGAACUGAUUCCUGCAAUGUGUAACAUCGUGGAAUAGGAUGUAUUGCCCACUGUUACAACCUAGUAGGUAAGAUCCGUGGUCUCGCAGGUUUGUCAUUGGAGUCUCUAUUAUAGUUCGCAGAACUGGACCCAUUUUUUUUAGGGUAAAGACAGUUUGUACUUUAUGAAGACUACACUGUUACAAUUACAACUCCGCUGGAAGACUCCUGCUCUAACAAUUUCGGCCAUAUGGUCACCACAAUGGCUAAUAUUAUUGCAGCCCCUUGUCACAGUAGUGAUGCUUUUUCAAUCUAAAAUCGACGCCUAAAUUGAAAUUAAGACACCAUGUGUGGAAAUAUUUUCAGAACCGCUGUUGCUAAAACCAGCUGGACUCAAGAUAAUAAAGAUUUAGACAUUACCGGGUAGGAAUUGUAUACUGAGUCAAGUAAUUAGCGGAUCAAGACCGUAUAAGGAUGAUGUAAUGCUUGUGCAUGAAGCUCACUGAGAAUUAUUGAGCCAGUGAAAACAUUCCGUCGGUCCUACACGAAACCAUCAGACGGUAUAAGAAAUAGCACGAGUGUCGACGAUGCAACCUAUAUAUCAGAGUUCUUGGAACAACUGGACUUCUACGAACAGUACAGAUCAGCUUUUCGUCGGUUGCUCUGCUUUCGAGGAUAUACGAUCUGAGGCAUUGGGUAUGAUGGAAACUAGAUGUCAUUGUUAGGAACAUCUUUCAAUGGUCGAGAAAAGGUCGGCGGUGUUUAUUAUUUGAGAAGUAAACGUUUCAGGACGCUUGUGCAUAAAACUAAAGUUUGAUGCAGAAGCCUAGUACAAGUAGGCAUUGUAGAUUGAAGAGGCGGCUUAGCCACAUUAUACUACAAAAGUGCGUCGAAAGAAGAAUCUUUAUAUCGGUUUGAAGAAAUCCCAACCUCAAGAAGUAUUUGAUAGAGUUCAGCAUGGUAGACUGUAUUGAUAAAAUAUCAUGUUCUGUUGUCGAUCUACAGCACAUUGUAGUGGGAGAAAUAUUAGUGAUCUACAAGUGAAUUUCAUGUGGGCCAACUCGUAGUGGCUUUCUCUUUUUGUCAUUUGGUGUACCAUGAAAAGGCAGUUGUAGUGCCCUCUCUACUGUAUCCAUCCUGUUUGUUAAUUAGGGACUGUAUCAGAGAAGAACAACUCGAUAACCCUUCCAAGCACACAUGACCAAUAUUCAUAUGAUAAAAACAGCUGAUUUUUGUUUUCGCCUUGAUCCAAUAUAGGUACUAUAACAAUUUCGACAUGCUCCGUUCAUCAUACACUACGCAUAUGAACAUUGGGACUUCUCUAUCAGAAGAUUACUUAUCUUUUAUAACUGUCGCAAGCUUCUCGAAACGCCGCAUCAGAAUCCGUUGAUACUCGAUUACUCACAGAGACCUUCGAUUCAACCGAAGCGUAACAGAAAUCCAACAUAACGUCGACUAAAAGCUACACUGAAAAAAAAAUAGGUACUCUACGAAACCUAAAAGGGUUCUGAUUUUUGUCACGAAAUCAAAACCUUUGUGGGAUGUCAUACGGAACUUUUGAAGUUCUGUAAAGUCUCACGAAACCCUUGGAGCUAUCCUAAACUCUAAAGAAGGUUUCGUGAGAUUUUACGGAACUUCGAAAGUUCCGUACGACAUCGCAAAAAGGUUUCGAUUUCGUUACAAAAAUCGGAACCCUUUUAGGUUUCGUAGAGUACCUAUUUUUUUUUCAGUGUAGGUCUUCAUCUUCACGAGUUUUAGAAAUCUUCUGAAUCGCCAGUCGAGUUAGUUCAAUAAUAUCUACCUGAAUCUUACUCCAUCACAAUAUUGCAUAGUGAUUCUCCGGAAUCUUUAAUUCCUCGACGAGAGAAUCCAUUCUCUUUCUUGUCUUCUCAUGACUUUGCAGCUCCAGAAAAGUUGUCUCUACUCUGAAAACAUGGCUUCAGUUCUAGAAACCAUAGUGGAUAUAUCCAUUGGCAAAGCUACUAGAUGAGGAAUCGUUCCUACUAGGUGUUAACAGUGUGGUAGUCAGAAAACAUCGAACACAGCAUAUUCUCUUACACAUUUUGGUAUCAUUUUGUAGCUCUUGAAAAACUGUGUCCACUCAAAAGAUGUGUCCCUUUUUCAUGUGAAAGGCUGUCGUGAUUAUAAGCACUACAACGAAGUAUCAGGGUUCAAAUCUGUGCUAAAAUUGACUACUAGGCUAUAGUAUAGAAUGUAAUAGAUGAUCUUCACGAAAAUAGCUCCCGGAAAGCGAGAGCGGUUCAGAGAUGUAGGAAAAAGCACAAGCCAUACGAUUGAACUGUUUUCUGAAACGAUUUUCAUUUAGAGCCGAUUAGUGGACAAGCUGUCCCUCGUCCUUUUCGAAUCCAACUGGUUUUAAUGUAUAUAGUUGUGUACAGGGGUGGGUGAGAUCUACAAUCGUCAAUCUAGAUGGUUCAGGACAUAAUAAAGCAUUUUAUGUUUUAUCAAAAUUGUACCAUCGUUCUUCACACUUCAAUUCUGCAUAUGUUUCACUGAGAUCUUUCUCUAAUAAAUGGUUUUUUCUCAAAGAUAUAUGGUGAAUAUUAGGUAACCCGAAGGUUCAAUGCUAGUUGUUGACUUAUUUCUUAUUAAAAAAAACAAACACGUGCAUAGCUUUCUGAUUAAGGAAAGUCACUUUCCAUUAGUUGCUAAAAAGAUAAACAGUUUUGCAACCAAGGAUGAAAAGCUUCUUGCAGAAUUAAGAAUGGGAAACACCAUGGACCUAGUGUUACUAAUUAAAUAGACUUCGUUUCCUUACAUUUCUUUAGGACGUAGCUUAUCAUUUAUUUCAUGCUUAAAAACUACAAUUUCUCCGUUACGGCCUGUGGACGGUGAGGGAGAAGGGAAUGGAUUCAAAAUUUCUACCCUAUAUACUUCAGCACUCCAUUCAGAUCGUGUUUCACAAAAAUUAGAGUUGAUAGAGUUUCUAUCAAUAUAGACUGUAAGAAAUUUCUCUAUAGAUUCAACAUCAGCUACGACGACAACUGCAACAUCAAUGACAACUUCAACUGAAACAUCGUCAACGACUACAACUACAACAUUAUCAACGACCACCACUACAACAUCAUCAACGACUACUACUACAACAUCAUCAAUGACUACGACUACAACAUCGUCAACAGCUACAACUAUAACGACAAAGACAACAUCUUCAAGUGAGUCAUGA